UGCGCACUGUAGGCAGACAAAUAUCGGCCACUUCACAUAUCCCCAGCUAAUCCUCGCGCUAACCAUUAUCCCUCCAUGCGCUCCUCGAGAGGAAGAUAACCCCGCACUGCCACCUCAAUUAGCCACCGUGCAAGACCGAUAAAGGGAUACUGCGUGUUUUCGCUUUCAGGAAUAAUCGGUUUUCUGUUUUUGCAAUAUUGACAACUUCGCCGCAACCUCGACCGACGUGACCUCGCGUAAUAAUGAGGUUACAGAGCAACAGCCAGUGUGCGAUGGAAGGAGACGGGAAGAAGAUGGACCAAGCGCCUCCGUUUAGAAACCCGUUUGUGCACGUCUUGAAAUUCAGCCCCCUGGAAAAGGCAAAGAUUGCAUUCAUGACAGUCACACUGUUCCCCAUCCGUCUCCUCAUGGCUGCAUUCAUGAUGCUGCUGGCUUGGCCUUUUGCCUUCCUGGCCUCAAUAGGGCGCUCGGAGACCACGGUGGAACCCCAGUGCCUCUGGAGGAGACUGGUGGACAUAAUUCUGAAGAUCAUCAUGCGGGUCAUGUGGUUUGCGGGUGGCUUCCAUUGGAUGACUGUGAAAGGGAGAAGGGCAUUGCCUACAGAAGCACCCAUCCUCACCCUGGCACCCCACUCGUCUUACUUCGAUGCCAUCCCAGUUACGAUGACAAUGGCUUCCAUUGUCAUGAAGGCCGAGAGCAAGGAUAUACCUCUCUGGGGCACUUUGAUUAAGUUCAUCAGGCCGGUGUUUGUCUCACGGUCGGACCAGGACUCCAGAAAGAAGACUGUGGAGGAGAUCAAACGCAGAGCCCACUCUGGAGGGGAGUGGCCUCAGUUAAUGAUUUUUCCAGAGGGAACAUGCACUAAUAGAUCCUGCCUAAUCACCUUCAAGCCAGGGGCCUUCAUUCCAGCUGUACCAGUGCAGCCAGUGGUGAUUCGUUACCCUAAUAAACUGGACUCAAUCACAUGGACUUGGCAGGGGCCUGGAGCGUUUGAAAUAUUGUGGUUGACACUCUGCCAGUUGCACAAUGAGUUUGUAGUCGAGUUCCUUCCCAUCUACACACCCUCAGAGGAGGAGAAACAGAACCCUGCUCUCUUUGCUAUCAAUGUGAGGCGUGUCAUGGCUAAAGCCCUGGGGGUACCCAUCACGGAUUAUUCAUUUGAAGACUGCCAGCUGGCCAUGGCAGAUGGCCAGCUGAGACUGCCGGUCGACACCUGUCUGCUAGAGUUUGCCAAGCUUGUCAGGAGACUGGGGCUUAAACCCUGCAACACCGAGAAGGUUCUGCAGGAUUAUGGGAACAGAGCCAGGAAGCUGGAAGGUCAGAAGCUGGACUUGGACGACUUUGCGCAGUUCCUCCAUGUGCCAGUUUCAGAGAUGCUGCGGGACAUGUUUGCUCUUUUUGAUGAGCAUGAAGAUAGCUGCAUGGAUAUCAGAGAAUACGUGAUCGCCUUAUCUGUCGUAUGCAGACCUGCCAAAACUCUGGAAACGAUGAAAUUGGCCUUCAAGAUGUUUGAGGCAGAGGAGGAUGGUGCCAUCACAGAGAUGGAGCUGGCAGUUGUGCUGAAGACCGCUUUAGGUGUGACUCACCUCAGCGUGUCACAUCUGUUUACUGCCAUCGAUCCUGAAGACACAGGGAAGAUCACAUUUGAUAAGUUCCGAUGCUUUGCGGAGGAGCAGCCAGACUUUGCUGAGGCCUCCCUGUACACAGAGAACGCAGGCCUCCACAGCGGCCCCUGCCACGCUCACCAAACCAAGCCCAGCCCGUCUUCCCGGAACCUGCGAGGCACUGCCACCACCAAAGCAGCUAACGGUAUCUGCCCCGACUUCAGCCCCAAAGACCAUGAUGGCACAAUAGAUGGACUCCUCAAGAAACACAACUAAAAUGGUUUGAAAAUGAAGUGGGAGAGAAACGACACCUCUCCUGGUGAGAGGCUGGUGUUUUGGGGGUCCAGGAUAGUAGAGUACUUGUUAGUUAGUAACUUGUAAGGGACUACAUUUCAGUAACCACAAUUACAAACAUAGAUCCCUUUUUUUGUAUUGUGUGCAUACAACUUCUAAGGUUAUUUUCAACCUGGUACAGUUUAUUUUGUUAGGAUUUUUUAUUUUUGUUCACAGCAAGGAGCCAAACAAUGGCUUUUUCAGAUAACAUGCUUGAAUACUUGAAGGACAAGCACUUAUACUAAUUCCUGGGUGAAAUGUUUAUUCUUCUCCCUCCGACAUAGUGCUAACUGUGCAUGUUUUAACAUGAGGGGAGCAAGAAAAAACACCAGCCCUCCAGGGACAGUGAAGUUAACUGAUUUUCGUUGGGAAAUUUAGUGUUGUAUUCUCUUUUUUAUUUUUGACCAGUUAUGUGUUUUUUUUCUCUCUUGACUGGUAGCUGCCUUUUUAAGUGAAAGUGCAGAAUGCAUGGGCUCAUGUUGUUUUGAGUAGUAUUGAGGAUUAUUUAUCUGAAGAAGGGAGGCCCGAGGGCACCGGUGACAUUGUAUGACUCCUUGGAAGUGUCGACACAUUCGAGGUGAACUCGGAUCUCUGUGAGUUGACGGUCAUAAUUGCCAUGAGCCUGUUACAUAUACGGUGAUGUAUUUGAUUUAGCUCAGGGUUCAGUGACAAAAAUGUAACUUGGAUGAUGUCAUCAUUGGGUUGUGUGCAUGUCUUUUUUUCUUACGACAUCAGUACUCUUCUGCCCAGUCAUGUCUCAUUCACAUAAACCUCACAGAUUCAUUUCAGGUUGGCAAAUUCAAGUGUCUUUUGUUUUUUAUUGUUGAAAUUUCAUAACGUGGACCAAAAAUGCAUCGGGUGGUUUAUGUCACCUGUCCCAUUUGUACUGUCCUUUUUCUGUCCCGUGGUGCAACGGCUGUAAGGGGGAGGGUUACGCAAUGUGUGGCCGUUGAAAUCAUACUCGGUUCGGUGGCUGUGAUUGGUGCUGCUAAGGCACUUCCAUUUCUGUCUUACACUGCUACAUUUUUUUAAAUUCCUACAAUUUUCCCAGCGUAUUCCCAGUCUGUCUGAAAAUACCGUUCAGGUGCUAAAUUAUGUAAUCUUGAAACAAUAGCCCCACAGUUUUUAUUCACUAAUAGAGAGAAAUAUGUUUUACAAAAUUGAUCCCUCACACCUUGGCAUGUCACAUUCAAAGGACCAGUCUGGAAAUGGGAAAUAUCCACCUGUGGUAACACUUCGGCCUUGUUUGUUUUCCCCCAAAAGGAAUAUAAUUGGCAUACGAAUAUUUGUCACUGAAUGUGAUUUAAUGACUUCUUGGUGCACCGACAUACAGCCUGUGCCCAUACGUCGAUAAUCACAGAGCCUUUGCUUUAUUGUUACUAUUUAAGAUUACAAAUGUUAUCUCAUCACUUUUUUUAUUUAGUCUUUAGUGCUCUUUAAAUUAUUGAUGUUUUACGACAUAGAAGUUAUAUUAAUACUCAACUAUCCUCUGACAUUUUAUAACCUUUAAGUAUUCUAUGUUUUUUUGUCCGAUAUGAAUUCAAGAAACUUUCUGAAAGUACAAUCAACUUUCAGAUGUAUUGUCAAAAGAAAAUUGGCACACUGAUGCUCAUUUCAAUCAUUUGCCAAAAAGUUAUUUGGCUGUCUUUCUGUCUUUGAAACACGGAAAUUUCCCAAAAACUUGAUUAGGCUACAACUUCUCUGAAAAUGUAUAUUGCUUUCCAUGAUGUCGUUUUAUCGCACAACUAAUCGUUAAAGGGAACACCUCACCGAUGAGAUGAAACGCUGUAGAAUGUGUAGCUUGUAUACUUCUGUGCACUUGUGGUUUGGUUCGGUGGACUUUUUGUUUCGAGAUAUCACAUAAGAAUUUACAAUUUAGGUAUUCUGUAAUUUAAUUUAGUUGGUGAGCCUCACAUGCCCAUCACACUCACGACCAUCGAUACUGUACACGCAUCCCCAUUACGGCUUACGGUGAAGCGAUAGUUCACAUCUCUUAAGCCUUCUCAAGAUGUAUGCUUUUGAAGAGUUCUGAUAUGUAUUUUGAAUAUUCCAAAUGCAGGACAUUGUGAAUUUUUGAUAUACGUAUAUAUGGAUGAUUUUUAUUUUCACUGCCAUGACAAAGAUCUGUGAUCUUCUCUCUGCAGUGUUUUGAUGGUGAAAAAUGAGCCUCAUUUUCUUUGGUAUAAUAAUGCAAUUGUUUUGUGCUGUAUUCCUCCUACACAGUGUGAAGUUGUAUUGUUGUUACUAUUAUUGCUGAGUUGACUGCUUAGAGACAAAAAUGCCGAUUUCUUAUGUAAACCGAUAGCCUUGAAUAGAAUUUGUAUGCUAAAAGAAAAAAAGAGAAGAAGAAUGUAUAGACAAUCUUGUCACAAUCAGAAGCUAUACUCAAAGCGCUGAGCUCCAGUGGACAUUUUUCCGAAGGAGUCAUUCAACCCUCUCCCCAUUGACCUUGUGUUUUAUGUUUAAGGCGCGAGGGUUGAAAUAAUCAAAGUUGAGUGUGUGAGGCCUCGAGGUGAAGUCUGCCGCCACAUGACGGGCCGCAGAGCAGCAACACGCCAGACUGUACGCACAUACGUUACAAUCUUUUUAGUAUUGCACUCUUUCUACUUUGUCCUUUUUAAAUUAUACGUUUUUAUGCUUGCACUUUAGAUUCUUUACUUUCAUUUUAUCAAAUAAAUAUCACAUUGCUGUAAAGCAUGUUAAGAUGGCAGGUUACAUUAUUGUAGCUCAAUGUAGGUCAUUUGUAUUGCAUUCGUCUGUAUUUGCUGCAGUAUUGGGAGCACAGAGGACAUUAGAGAUUAGAGAGCACCCGUUGAAGGAAGCUGUACGUCGGUUCUUUUGAGAUAUUAAAAGUCCUUUUAGACCCACUCUUCUGCCUCGUCGCAGGACGGUGGAAGUUGUGUCGCGUGAGACGUCUCCGUGGACCCUGAGGACUUGGCAACAGCGUACGGAUCUGAAAGGUUUAGAAAUGGAUAAGUGUUAAAUGUAGCCCCAAGUGACAUGAUUUUACAGCGGGUGGUUUAAUUAUACGGUUUACUCUGUGUGUACGAGGGAAACCUGACUGUGUGUGUACAUAGGUGGGAGAAGCUGAUUGUAAAUGUUCAACUGCAACAAAGAGUUGAUAUCUGAGCCAGAAUGAAUUGUGUUGAGCCACAGUAACCCCUCAUGGGGUUUAGUUUAUUUUAAACAGAUAUGUCCACGUGUAGGUCUAAAGGAUAUUAUAUUUCAUAAGCAAGUGAAAUUUGUACUAUUUUUUAUAUAUAAAUAAUAUAUAUCUUCAAUAUUUACAUUCAGAAUUCAUGGGGGAUGUAUGGAGUCCAUUUCUAUUCACGCCUGUUUCACUUCCCUUUAUUCCAAAGACCUCCGUAGAGGUGAAUCUCAUUUUUGUACUUGCUAUCAAUCUGGUCCAAUGUAAACCUGCAAGAGAUGAACUUGUAUUUAUGCUCCUGCUGCCUGCUUCGUGUGUCCAGCAGAGCCUAAGACGAAAGACGUGUGUCCUCUCACAGAGCGAUGGUGUCUUUCUGAUGGCUCACCGUCCGUGGACCAACAAACUGGACUUUCUGUUUUUCGCUGUCGCUUUACUUCCUGUCUUUUUCUAUACUCAACAGGUUUUAUUUUGUUAAUGCAUUUUGAUGACGAGUCAUUAGUGCAAGCUACUUUGAAUUUGUCUGUUCAGGACUGCUAUGAUAUAACUUGUUAAUGUGACUCUUGGAUAAAAUAAAAAAUGAAAUGAGAACGUA